AUGGUCAACCUCGCCGUUGCAGGCGGCACUGGAAACGUUGCAACCGAAAUUCUCCGCUCCAUAAUCGCCUCCAACCUUCACACCAUUACGAUUCUAACCCGCAAACCCAUUUCGCCCCCCCACGCCAAUCCGGCGCUAACAUAUAAAGUUAUCGACUAUAACGACGUCCCCAGUUUAGUCACUGUACUCACAGGCUUCGAGGUCGUGUUGAGUUUCCUGGUUUCGCAAGACCAGUCUGGAUUGCGCGUUCAGAAAAAUUUGAUAGAUGCAUGUGUGCAGGCUGGGGUUAAGAGGUUUGCACCAAGUGAGUGGGGGGUCAAGAAUGGAAGCGGCAUUCCUCCCUACAAACCGAAAGAUGACAUUGCAGAAUAUCUCAAAGAACUCAACAAAGACAAAAAGGUUCUUGAAUACACCCUGGUUCAACCCUCGCUCUUCCUCGACUACUUCGCGCACCCGCACCCGCUUCCCCCUUCCACCUCCCUGCACACUUGGCCCUUCUUUAUCGACUUCUCGUCCCGGCACGCCAUAAUCCUGGACUCGGGUGACCAACCAAUAAUCCUAACCGCCAUCUCCGACAUCUCCUCGAUCAUCACCCUUGCCCUCUCUGACCCCCGCCCGUGGCCCCCCGUUGGUGGAAUCCGCGGCACUCAAACCUCUAUCAACGAACUCAUUGCACUGGGAAAGAAAUUGCGUGGUGGAAGGUGGACGAUUGAGUACGUCAACAGUGAAGACCUAGACGCAACAGAGGGUGAGGGGUUAGGGGAGCGGUUGAAAACGACUUGGGUGCCGAGGAUGAGUCAUCCAAUUAUUCCAGAGGGCAAGAGGGAGGCCUAUAGUCGAGUCUUUGUGACAAUGUUUUUGCAAGGAAUUGCGAGGGGUGCGUGGGAUGUUAGUGGGGAGUGGAAUGAAAGGUUUCCGGAGUAUAACUUUUGGAGCGCAGAGGAGUAUUUGACGAGGGCUUGGGAAGGGAAGCCAUGACGGGGAAGGAGC